AAUCUGCCUCCCAACUUUCUGCGGCCGUCAGUGCGUCCGCGCGCGCCUCCUCCGCGGGUCUGUGCCAUGGAUGUACCGUCCCCGUGAGCCCCCCGCGCGCCCUCAGCACCACUUCCAGCUUUUCUUUUCUUUCUGUCCUUUAUUCCGUCUUCUCUCUCGGAUUCUGGAGAGCGUCGCGAGGCGAAAUGAUGGCAUCAAUAGGGGAAUUCGAUCCUCUCAACACCAGAGUCCCAGCAACUAAAAUAGAAGUUACCGUGUCGUGCAGGAAUCUACUAGAUGUGGACACGUUCUCAAAGUCAGACCCCGUGGUUGUGUUGUAUUUACAGGCGGUGGGGACCAAAGAAUGGAGGGAGUUUGGCCGGACGGAGGUGAUCGAUAACACUCGGAAUCCAGACUUCGUCCGGAAAUUUGUGCUGGAUUUCUUCUUUGAGGAGAAGCAGAAUCUAAGGUUUGACGUGUAUAAUGUGGACUCCAGAAGCUGCAACAUUUCCAAACAUAAGGACUUUCUCGGCCAGACCUUUUGCACACUUGGAGAAAUAAUUGGCUCCACUGGAGGAAGACUGGAGAGGACACUAUCUGGGAUUCCAGGGAAGAAGUGUGGAGUCAUUAUCCUGACUGCGGAGGAGCUCAGUAACUGCAGGGACAUCGCUACCAUGCAGUUGUGUGCCAACAAGCUGGAUAAGAAGGACUUUUUUGGAAAGUCCGACCCCUUCCUGGUUUUCUAUCGCAGCAACGAGGAUGGAACGUUCACCAUCUGCCACAAGACAGAAGUGAUCAAGAACACGCUGAACCCCGUCUGGCAGCCCUUCACCAUCCCUGUUAGAGCCCUGUGCAAUGGCGACUAUGACAGGACUGUGAAGGUAGACGUCUACGACUGGGAUCGAGAUGGAAGACACGACUUCAUUGGAGAGUUCACCACCAGCUACAGAGAGCUGUCUCGGGGGCAAAACCAAUUCAACGUCUACGAGGUAUUAAAUCCCAAGAAAAAAGGCAAAAAGAAGAAAUACAUCAACUCUGGAACAGUAACACUGCUGUCCUUCAAAGUGGAGUCUGAGUACACCUUUGUAGAUUUCAUUCGAGGGGGGACACAGCUGAACUUUACAGUGGCUAUUGACUUCACAGCAUCCAAUGGUAACCCAUCCCAGCCAACGUCCCUCCACUAUAUGAGUCCAUACCAGAUGAAUGCAUAUGCCAUGGCCCUGAAAGCAGUGGGAGAGAUAAUCCAGGACUACGACAGUGACAAGCUCUUUCCUGCCUACGGCUUUGGAGCUAAGCUCCCCCCUGAUGGCAAAAUCUCCCAUGCAUUCCCACUGAACGGCGAUGGUGAUCAUCCAAACUGUGUGGGCAUUGAGGGAGUCCUGGAGGCGUAUUUCCAGAGCCUGAGGACGGUGCAGCUGUACGGACCCACAAACUUUGCUCCCGUUAUCAACAAAGUGGCAAACUGUGCAGCAGAGAUUACAGAUGGCUCCCAGUACUUUGUCCUGUUGAUGAUCACAGAUGGAGUGAUUUCUGACAUGGUCCAGACCAAAGAGGCUGUGGUCAAUGCUGCAGCCCUUCCUCUGUCCAUCAUAAUUGUUGGUGUUGGACCUGCUGAGUUUGAUGCGAUGGAGGAGCUGGAUGGUGACGAAGUGAGAGUGUCCUCCAGAGGACGUCUUGCUGAGAGAGACAUCGUUCAGUUUGUUCCUUUCAGGGACUACGUCGACAGAUCUGGCAACCAGGUCCUCAGCAUGGCUCGGCUGGCUAAGGACGUCCUCGCUGAGAUCCCAGACCAGCUGCUGUCUUUUAUGAAGAGCAGAGGAAUUGAACCGCGACCAGCCCUCUCCUCAUCACCGCUUCCCGAGCUGCACCGACACAUCUGACCCCGCCUCAUCCACCCUGUCUCAAUUCCUAUUUGUCCGUAACUGUCUCUUCUCCUCUCCCUGCUUAUCUCCACUUGCCCCUCUUCCAGUUACUCCCUACUUUAGGCGUAUGAAAGAACUGACCUGCCUGUUGCCCCUCUUCCUCACUUAUCAUCAGCGAGGCUAAACAGACAUGUCCUAUCUCCUGGCAGGCGCUGCUGCCCGACUCACCUGACGCUGCAGCUCAUCUUUACCUCCUUUACGUUACAAAAGUGCGGUGAGACUAAUUCCUCACCGCCGCCUUCCUGCUGACAUUUGAACAUUUGGGGGUGACGUUUCUAAUUAUUUUACUAAUUCCUCCUAAGAGCUUUUUAUAAGAUAUGUUUGGCAGCGGGUUUUUUUCUGGGGGGGUCAUCUUCCUUUACUGAAGGAAAGAGAUCUUAAAGCUCAAAGCUGCAGCUGGGAAGGUAUGAAAGCAGACCACAAUAUUCCAGAACAUGCCCACAACUGCAAUAUAAUAUGGCAAAUGUGAAUAUUAAUGUUAAUUCUGCCAAAAUAAUACUGUAGGAACGAUAAAAGGAAUCUAAAAAUGCCAAAUUAGUUAGCAUAAAAAACGUCUUUGGGAACAGAAAAAUAAAAAAAGCAAUACUGGAGAAGUAAAAGAACAUUUAGAAACACAGAAAUGAAGCAAAAUGCUAAAUUGAACCAAACAGUAUUAACUAAAUUAAGAAAAAACUAUUUAAGGUUGAGUGAAAAGAAGCUGAGCAACAAUGAGGAACAAUAAAUAAUGAAGAAUCCAGAUUUACAGGUAAGUCAUAACAAAGCAUAAGUCUUUGAAAAGGCCAAACAAUGCUGAAAAGUAGGUCAGUAAUGUGAUUGAAAAGGUGCAUGAGGUAAAGAUGCAGACAAAGAUGUUGGAACUCAGUCAUGAUACUAAAAAUGUAAAUUUGCAGGAAACCGAAAGAUUUUGAAAAUGGCAGAAUUAGAAAGUAGCGGAAAAAUGCUACAGUCAGCAAAAAAAAGCUGGAUUGGCUCUAAAGUGAGCACAACAGCAGGAAAUAGAAGAAAAAAUGUAAUUUGGGGUCAAAUGACAAGAAUAACAAGUAUAGAUCCAAAACUUAAGGGAACUGUAAGACAGGUUAUGCCUUAGUCUCGUGCGCCUGUUCAGAUGCUGUAGGUUUUUGGGGGGGUCCAGGUCCGUGGAAGGUUGUAGAGGGGAUUGUUCGCUUCUUAAGAUGAGUGCAGGUGUGUCUUGAAGUUCUCUUGAGGCUCGUGCGGCCACUUCCAAUUAUGUCAUGAAACUAGAACGACUAUUCUCAUACGUGUGGUAAGAGUAUCAAGAGGUAUUCAUGAGGAUAAUGGUCGUUCCACGCACUUAUGACACAUGAGUGAUGCUGUUGUACAGUGUCCUUACACCACACUCUAGUAAGGUACAAUUACUGACUCCCUACUGACCGUGCAUGGGGUGUGCACGUGAUACGCAAGCGUCCAUAGGAUGUCUACACAAAGUACACACUGAUUGCCGAAUUUCCUGAUUUUAAAUAGUCAGGCUGCAGCAAGGAGCGCACUUAUCACGUGAACAGCACUAUGGGCUCCUUGUGCCGUCCACAAGAGUUGCGGAGGUUGAAAAGAUGAAAAACUCGUACGAAUCUCUCCUCCUUCUUCUUUACUUACCCUUACGUGUUGUGUAAGUGUUCACUUCGACCGGUCACCUUCAGCGUGGCCGUAGGAACGCAUGUGGAGGAACAUUUUCUCUCUACAGGCUCAUCGAGCGAUCUACGGUCUUAAAAAUGUCCUGUGUGUCACUGCCGUGCCCAGUACAAGUUUACCCUUUUUUCACCAGCAUCCAUACCUAAGGGCAGUUGUGACUAUGGCAUUAAAAAUAUUUUAAAAAAAUAAAAACAAGUAGCAGUGCUCAAAAUGCUGAAAUAAAAUAUACGUGGGAAGCUGAAAAAUAUGCGUGAAGGACGUAAACGGAAGCAAAACCUGUUUAUCAAUGCUAAAAAGGCUAAUCUGGCUAAAAUAAAAUGCUAAAUCUCAGCUACAAAGAUAAAACAGACUGAUGUGAUAUAAAGGAACACUCCAGCAGAAUUGAAUUUGCGAUUUAAAAAACAAAAAGGGCGAUAAUCUUUUUCUUUUUUUACAGUUCGAAUUGGACCUUUAGGGGAACACAUACAAAGCUUCAUCGAUUCAUUAGAAAGGAGAUGAACAAGUAAAAGAAUCUCUAGAAGGUACAACAGUUAUGUGCCGUUUGUCCUCUAAAGCUCUGCAGGAACACUCCGAUGCCAAAGAAAUAGGAAGCAGUGUUAUCCUUAGCUGCAUCAUUUGGGAGAAGACCUAUUAAGAGCCUAAUGUGAUAUUUAAUUAAAGUUAAAUGAAUCUGAAGCUCUCCAUAAGCUUCACAUGAUUCCCUUUACGAGUUGCAGUAAUCCGGAAAUGUUUUUUUUUUAGGUUUAUUCGACUCAAAAAAUGCAGAAAAUUCGUCCCAACAGAGCUUUUGUUGGGAAUUCUGUCGCACGCCUAGACACGCACACCUCUGCCUACCACGCUGCAUCCCACCUCUCCUCACCCAGCGUGGGUCGAGGCUCGGUGCAGGUUCUCCCCCCCCCCACUGUCAGAGAAAUGCCAGUCUCUCCAGCUGCCCCGCAGAGAAGAGGAGGGGGAAAGGAAGGAGAGGAGCCAGAGGGAGGGAGUACAGGGAGGAGAAGAGGAGCAGGGGUAAGAGGGAAAGAGCUCAAGGACACUGGGGGUAAGAAAGCAACAAGGGAUUUGUUUUGUUGAAGGCCAAGAGGGACAGAAAGCAGGAGAAGAAGGUGAGAAAGUCUCUGUAUGCACAAGAAAAUUCAACUUUAGCGAAGGGCAGAUGCACAUACUUUGUAAAGCAAUAUACCUGAGUCCUAAUGUUAUGUGUGCCCAAUGCAUGUCUCUUCUUCUCCCCUGCCAUUACUUGACAUUUCAUCCCCAAGCGGACCAGAGCGGCGUGCAAAGUGGGCAAAGUCUGCCACCUAGUGCCCGCCGUUCAUAUAGCAGGGUAUCUUUGUCAUGCAUGUACAUUCCUGUAGUAUCUCAGACAUGCAUGGCCAGUCUUACAAUCACAGCAACCACACCAACAAAGAGGAAUCCCAUACCCUACAUCAUCAACUCGGGUGUAAAAUGUGUUGCUUUUUUCAAGUGAAUGUCGAGGUUGUGCUGAAGGGGAAUGUUACAUGUGCUUUGUAAGUAAAAUGCCUUUUUUCUUACCCUCUUUUGUUACGUUGAGUAGUUUUUACAUUUUUAUUUUUUGCAUGUGGGCAAUAAAGCGUUGCAGUUGUUUUAGUAGAUGUUGCCCUAAAAGCAGAGAUAGCGAUAUAUAUCUCAAAGUAUAAUAUGCAUUUCUCCUCUGUCGCUGUAUAUUUUCAUUUGUGGGAUUAAAACUCCUGUGCCCUGCUGAAUCCAGUGAAACCACAAGUGGAUUUGAGAUUAUAGGGAGGUCAGAGGGCAUCAGGAUUUCAGCCUCCUGACAGUUUGACAUGAAGAAGCUUUUAUCGUCCAUACAGGACCAAGAGUUUCUUUUUCACUUGCUUGACUUAGAGCCGCCAACGUCUUUUACAUCUGUGUUUCUAAAACAUCUGUAUUGUAUGUAGAGGUUUUUAAGGAUUAAAAAAAGGACAUUAUAGGAAGCUGCUUUGACAAAUACUCGUUGUGUUUUGAUAUGGGGUUUAGAAAUGUUUGUGUGCACUCAUAUCUCCUGCACUUGGUGAACUGUUGUUCAAUAUUACCAAAAUUAAAACAACCCAAACUGAU